UGUCCUUCUCUUAUCUAGUUGUUAGUCAUGCUGGACGAGUAUAAAGUCUGUCGCGAUUUACGGGUCUCAUUAGCAUUACAGUCUAUCGCUUUCUCCUUCACGUUUACUUCUCAAUGGCUUUUGCGUUCCUUCUGCUGCUAUGUGUCGCUGCCGUUAGCAAUGGCCAUAUUGUCGCUUUCGCGCAAGGCAUGUAUUGUCAAAACGGAGUUUCUGGGAACAACCAGAACGCUGCAGACGCUGUCAAUCCUCUCUUCAUGUUGGCCAAGGAUCAAUGGUGGAUGCAACAUUACUCCGACUGCGACGAACGACCUCCCUCCAAGGAUGAUUUUCUGGAAAUACCCGCAGGUGGAUCAUUCACUGUGGAGCUGGCCACUAAUCAAGCAUUCACCACUUUGUCUUAUGAUGGGCGAAUGGUCGGUACAUUUGGCGAUGGUCAAGAACAUCCCGAAUACAGUCGAUACCAUGAUACAUGCAUCACUUCUCCGAACUUACAUACCCAAAACCAAUUGAUGGCAGCUGGGACUGCGUUUGCUAUCUCUUAUGAGUCUGAUCUUCGCAAUGUCACGCCCGAAAACUUGGUGGUCUUCAGUGUUCUCGAGAAGACUCCCUGGCAUCGUAUCGCUAUUUAUGAGGUGCCGAAGGCACUGCCUGCGUGUCCGCCCGAUGGAUGUACAUGCGCUUGGGGCUGGAUACCGAACGGUUGCGGUGAACCUAAUAUGUACAUGCUCCCUUACAAAUGCAAAGUAACAGGCGCAACUAGCAGGAUCUCGGUUGCGAAGGGCCAACCCCCAGUUUGGUGCGAAGACGAUCGAUCAAAAUGCGUCUCUGGCCCUAAGCAGAUGCUCUACUGGCAUCAAGCCGAAGGUAACAACAUCGAGGUCUCCGGUUACGACCUAUCGGGUAGUCCAAAGUCGCCGGGAUACAAUACGAAAUGCGGUUUUCUUUCUGGCGCGCAGAACGAUAUUUUUGAACGAAGACAUCAGGGAGUGUUUAAGAAGGACGAGUGAUGAUAGAAUGGAGAAGUUCCCACGAAAGAGUGUAAUGUAUAAUGAUGACUCUUGAAUGCGUAACAAAUGCCUAGGCCUGGCCAUGGUGUUCUUUCCUCCACGACGCGCAGCCUCGAAACCCCCCAAAGAUAUUCCUGAGCGAUCAAUC